GUUUUGAGUUCCCGUUCAGCUGUGUUGUUGACAGCUCUGCACAUGAUUGUCUUCCUCGGCGAAUACCAACAUGCAGCAGCAGUCAAGCUAUACAGAACGAGCAACUGCUGGGAGAUUCUCGAUAGUAGUGUUUUGGAUGCCACAAGUGACACCAGUGCCCCGUCUGGCCAGCCAGCCUACCGUAUCCUCAAUAAGAUCGAUGAGAACGUCUACAUUGGAGCCAAUGAAACCCUCAGGAGACGGUUCCUUGUAAACAACAAACUGGAAAUGGAGGAGAUUCAACUGGGAACAAUGGAACCCGAAGGCCUUGUCUUAACCUGUGAAGCAGUAUCUCCAACCACUAAAGAGACUGUCUGUUGGAACUUCAUACGUAUUGCAGACAAAACUAGUUCUGGUGAUCUCCUGGUGUGUGGCACUAACGCGUUUAGCAGGCAGUGUUAUCAGUGCCCACAAUCGAAUCUGAACAUGUGCACUGAAUUGUCCACAAAUUAUACCCAACUGACUGUGGUUCCUCAACAAAACAAUAUUAACGCCGAGACCGCUAUUUUCAGCAGUAAUGCUGCAGGUGUGGAUACCCUUUUUGGUGGUAGUGACAGGAAACAAACCUUCAACAGAUAUUCUGUAGAUGCAGAUUUAAGCACUGCUGACCCCAUAGAGUUUGAGCUAGAUACAGUCACUGUUGGAGAAGGGUUUAUAAAGGAUCCAACCUUUAUAGGGAGACCCUUUGAAUACACUCACGAUGACGGUAACGAGUACGUGUUCCUGAUCUACCGUGAAACUGCACUGGAAUUCACCCUUGGAACCAAAGUGUACUCACGCAUAGCCAGAGUGUGCAAGAAUGAUACAGGAGGCACCGUCAACGAUAAGAAGUUCGUCACCUUCAUCAAGGCUCGUUUGGAAUGCUCCGUACCCAAUGGCGAUGAGCCAGCAUUUGAAUAUGAUUAUAUUCAGGAUGUUGUCUGGGAUGCCAAUAAUACGAGAGUAUAUGCGGUUUUCACGAAUCAAGAAAAUGGACCUGCGACGUCAGCCCUUUGCCAGUACAGGAUGGAGGAUAUCAUGAAUCUGUUCGAUAACGGUAAUUUCCAGGCACAGGUAGAUGGCGACGUCCAAGCUCUGUGGAAUGAAGUGCUUAUGCAACGGAACCCAAGGCCUGGAACGUGUAGUGCAAUACACACCACUGACUAUCCUCCCCUGUUACACAAGUCGGUGCCCAGCUAUAAUGCCAUGGAACGAACUGGAGAAACUCAAGUUGCACCACCAGCCAAUUUUUCCCAAUCAGAUCCACCCAUACUUAACGUGGAUGAUGUUCGCUUCACCAGCCUAGCUGUCGAUUUGCAAUAUUCUUCUCCAGUCUACUUUGUUGGAACAAGUGCUGGAAGUGUGAUAAAAUUUACCUCAGAAGUGUGCGACGGUAUCAACACAACAACAAAUGUCGUCGAAGUUUCAGGAUUAAAUGCCAACGGUCCCAUAAAUGGGCUGGAAUUGUUGAAGAGUGCGGAUUCUGCUGCCACUUUCCUGGUGGGCACAUCCGAUGUCCAAGCCUCCAUCGUUUUUCCCUUGAACACCAAAUGCCAAUCAAGAUCAGCACAAAAUGCGGAGAAGUGUGGGUUCAGGUACCCUUACUGUUACUUCACCAACGAAUCCGAAUGUACAAGUACAAAAGACUCUGUCCCUCAAGACCCGCCUACAGAAUUUCCUGAUGAUGUAUUGACAGUGUUGCCAAACACAAAUGUAUCGGCCUGCCUGAACGACCACGUGUACUGGUUUUGCCAUCUAGACAUUGACAACCCAGCCAUCGGUUCUACUCCAUUCACUCUUCAAUGGGAUAUAAUGGCAAGUGACCUGAUCAAGACAACGAGCAUAUCAACUAAUGAACUGGUACAAUUGGACGUCAUUGUGCAGAGCGGCACCGUAGGAAGCUACAGCUGCACGGCGAAUGUUGGAGGCAGAGUGUUGACUAAACAAGUUGAAAUCUCUAUGAGAACGGACUGUUUAACAUGUGACAACUUUCGUGCACGCUUGGAAGAGCACAACACUCUUAAAGUGCAAAGUGAGGCUUUGCACAUGAAAUAUGUGGACGGAACGGGAACGUGUUCUGUGAAACAGCAGGAUUGCGCAACAUGUCCAGCAUCGCCAUAAUAUCUUUUUCUUCAACAUUGUGCAUUUAUAAAUUGAUGAAGGUCUGCAUGUUAUUUUUUUUUUUUUUAGUUUAUUAGCAGACACAAUCGGUGGGAAUAAUCCAGAACUGCCAAAAAAAGGAUCAUUUUGGACCUGCUGUGUACAAAAAUUGGCCAAGCGCAGAAAAUGAUUAUUUGUGUUGAUUUA